GAUUCGACAUUAUUGAUAGGUUGCCGUCAAUGUCAGUAGUUGGCGAUAGACUCAAUUGUGAGGUAGAAGUAUUCAUCGAUGAAAAUGACUUGUUCCAGCAAAACGAGAAACCUAGCAAGUAUGCAUGCGAAAUAAAUGUAUCAGCUGAUGAAUUGGGAUUUCCACAAGAUCUUUUGUCGUUGUAUCUAUUGGGCUAUACCAAUGAUUGGCAGGAUUCAAUGUCAAUGACAGCAUUGCGCAUUUCUGGUAUAGCAGAGGCGACUGAGAUAAUGUUGGCGAGCCAUUUUCGAGAUUAUCUUGUGUCAGUCAUCACUAAGAAGGAUAAGAAGGUUGCGAGUGAGGACUAG